AAGGUCAAAGCCAGCCCUUGAUUUUGUCCGUGCCUCGUUUACCGGGAUAAUUAUCCCAAUAAAACUUCCCGUGAUUUAUGGGCUAAUCCUAUUUCCAGCUCCAGGGUGGGCUGGGGGAAGGGGAGACCACCCUGCCGGGAUCGGCUUUUUGGCAGCUCAAUUUCCCGGGAUGUCUCCACCUGGAGCUGGGCAAGUUUUGCUUUGAUGCAGGAGGGCCCCGUUAAAGCCUCACACGGAGUUUUCCAGGCUCCGUGUCUGGUUUGGAGGGGCCUAAUCCAGGGAAACGGGGGAGGGGAAAAGAUUCCGGCGGUGCGGAAGGUGAAAAGCUUCCAGUGGGAUUGUCCCGAGGCGGCCGGGCUGCCAGAUGUGCGCAGAUGUGUCUGGGUUUGCAGCUGCAGACGCGGCGGGGAGGGGAAAGGGGGGAUGAAUUCAUGGAAAAAGAGAAAGUUGGGAGGCGGAGAAGGAAAAGGCUCCGACAGGGAAAGCUCCGAGGGGCCCCCGUGUCCCUGCAGGAAUCCAGGAGAGGCUCUGGGGAUGGAGCUCCACAAAUCCCGGCAAAAAUGACGCCGAGGUUUGGUGUGGAAAAUGGGAUUUUGGAGAGGAUGGGCUCAGGGUUGAUCCCAGAACGGCUGCGAGGGUCACGGGAUGUUCAGAGUGAAAUUUGGGAUUUUCAGACUUUGCUUCCACGGAGAUUCCCAAAUCCAAGGGUGAACUGAAGGGCAGCUGGAGCAAAGGGACCCCGAUGUCCCCAUGGGGAAGAGGCUGGGAUUGGGAUGUGGGAAUUCCUGGGAGGACUCUGCCCCACGGUGAUCCCGCCUCCACCUGGAAAUGCCAGAGCCGUCGGCUCCGCUCCAGUGCUGGGUGGAUCCCGAAGGCAAACACGGACCCAGGUGCCACAUCCAUGGGCACAUUCCCAAUCCCUUCCUGGCACAGGGAUGGCACCACAGGUUCCCUCCCCUCUGCCCUUGGGAAUUUUAUCCCGCUGUAAAAUCCCACAGCCGUGGGAUGGGGCAGAGGCGCGGCUGGGAUCCCAUGGAAUUCCAUGGGAGGAAUCCAGGGAAGCACGGCUUGUUUAGUCUGGAGAAGGGAGGGCCGAGACGGCUGCACAUUCCAGCAGGAGGGACGGAGCAGGGAGAGGAACCGGCACGAGUCGGGGGGAACGAAUUAAAGGGAAUUACUUCCAAAGGGAAUUAGGGAAUUUUGGCCCAUUUGCCGUCGGCUGCAGGAUGAGGAGACGAAGAUUCAGCCCAGCAGAAAAUCCAUGGAUUUCCUCUCCCUGUGCUCCAGCAGCUCACCAAUGCUUUUUUGGCAGGAAGAGCCAUUUUUCCAGCUUCUCCCUGCUCGGGAAGGGCUGAAUUCCCUCCGGACACAUCAGAGGGCAGAGCCCAGCUGGAAAUCCUGUCCCAAAACCGAGCUGCUCCUUCUCUGGAGCCGGGACACCCCAUCCAAGGUCAGCUUUUUGGGAAAACUGGGAGAAACUGGCUGGGUUUAUCCCGAUACAACAAAUCCCUGGGAAUUUCCUCGGGAUCAGCCCAGCGGGAUCCCCAUUCCCAAGGAUUUAAGGAGGCAGGUGAGAGGCCAUCGGGAAUUUAAUGGAACUUGGCACUGGAAACUGUACAACAUUUACAGAGAACCACACGCUGUGUCCGUGUACACCCUCCGCCAUUCCCAAAGUUCCCAGCCGGACACGGCACAGGCAGUGACGAUCCCUGGAUGUGGAGUCACCGCUCCCAAAUCCUGCAUUUCGGGAUAUGGCUCCCCAGUCCUGGAUUGCAGGAUCCCAAAUCCCAGAUUUCAGGAUCUCACUCCCACAUCCUGGAUUUCAGGUGUCAGGGAUUGCAGGAUCCCAAAUCCUGGAUUUCAGGAUGCUACUCCCACAUCCUGGAUUUCAGGUGUCAGGGAUUGCAGGAUCCCAAAUCCUGGAUUUCAGGAUGCUACUCCCACAUCCUGGAUUGCAGGUGACAGGGACAGCAGGAUCCCACUCCCCAAUCCUGGAUUUCAGGUGACAGGGACUGCAGGAUCCCCAAUCCUGGAUUUCAGGGACUGCAGGAUCCCCAAUCCCGGAUUUCAGGUGACAGGGACUGCAGGAUUCCACUCCCAAUCCUGGAUUUCAGGUGACAGGGAUUGCAGGAUCCCCAAUUCCGGAUUUCAGGUGUCAGGGACUGCAGGAUCCCACUCCCAAUCCUGGACUUCAGGUGACAGGGACAGCAAGAUCCCCAAUCCCAGAUUUCAGGGACAGCAGGAUCCCCAAUCCCAGAUUUCAGGGACUGCAGGAUCCCCAAUCCUGGAUUUCAGGGACAGCAGGAUCCCCAAUCCUGGAUUUCAGGGACACCCCGUUGUGCUCAGAGCUGUCACCCUUUGCUUCCCACUUGGCUCUGCAGCGCCAUUCCCAAGCCGGAUCAUUCCCGGGAUUUUUCCCGGGAUCUUUGGAGCGCUAGAAGAUGGCAGUGCUGCCACCCUGAGUGUUUCCAACCACUCCUCCUCCUCCUCUCCUCACACUCCAACACUUCCUCUCCUCUACCUUUCUACCACAUGCAAGAACCCCUUGGUCGCCUCCAAGUCCUGCUUCCCGUUGGGAAGCGUUUCAUUUCCCAAAAGGCGACAAAAACACGGAAUCUACCUUCGCUCCCUGCUAUCCCCCUCUACUCACUGCUCCCCAAACCCUUUUACAACGUGCCUACCACCUUCCUACACCCUGGAGUAAAGCAGUUCUCUUUCAGUAGUGUCU